AUGACUUCAAACAACGACGAGACCACCACCACUACCACGACGACGACGACGACGACGACGACCACCACCACCACCACCACCACCACCGCUACUGCCGCUACUGCCGCGAGCAGCAACAUAAAUAACAGAGGUGGCGGCCAAGGCGGCGGCGACCGGGGAGGCCGUGGCAGUGGAAGCGACCUUGUGGGCACUUCUCGUCAGGUAGGCGGUGGCUCGAACCAAGGCCGCUCUGGCCGAGGUUCUGGAGUAUCCCGCGGCACCACCGGCGUGACCACCAAUGGGGCUGGACUAAGUGGCCUCGAGCAUUCGUUGGACCCUCUUCAAAGAGUCCAAAGUGGCCGCGUGGAGCGAUCUCGCCAGCGCGCCGAGCCCGUCACCCGCCGGCUGACGUUCGACCCUCCGGCAACGGACGUCACGACCAUGACCCCGUUCGGGGCCACUAGAAGGGCGCUGACCUUCGACGAUGCCCCCCCAGCCGUUGUUGUGCAGUGUGCCGGCUGCCAGGGCACCGACCACACGCUCGGGGUCUGUCUGGAGGCGGACGAGCAUACAGGCCGCGUCCACGGCUGCGCGGUCUGCAACGAACUGCACCAAAUGAGCACGUGCCAGCACUUCAACGCUUUGAGCUGGGAGCGGCAGUACGAGAUGGUUGUCCUCGAGAGGGGACGCAUGCCGCCCCUCGAGAUGGGCGACUCUUCUUGGAUCAGGGUCCUCGCGAGGGCCGACGAGAAUUCGUCCGGCCCGAUGCCCGCGCUCGCGUCCUUGCCAUGGACCGGCGCGUUUUCCAGCCGCUGGAUCAGGAAUGCCGAUUCGCGGACGCGGGCCGCAAUGUCCGAUUUCUACCUGACCAGAGAUCGGUCCCUACUCCCCGUCGACCCCCAGACGGAAACCUUGGAGCUUGCCAUGCGGCAUUUCGACAUCCGGAAUCCCCUACGCCACAUUGGGGCAUCCGGCGCCGUGGCCUCCGAGUAG